ACUAAUACAUUGUUUCUAAGAGAAAAGGUAAAGGGAAAGUCAUCUUUUGCUUGCUGCUGCUGCUGCUGCUGCUCGGUUCUGAGAAUACAAAUACGAAGAAUACCAGUAGUCUGUUUCUGUCUAGUUUCUAUCUACUACUACUAGUACUACACUGCAUUAUACUAGUUCUCUCUCUAUAAUUUGUAGGUACACUUCACUUCUCACCUUUCCUCCCUCCCUCCUUCCCUCCCUCCCUCAACCUACUCUGCCUUGUAACCAAAUGAACCACCAGGAACAGUGACAAAACACGUUAGAAGCUACAAAGCAUAGACAUGAACACGGGACACGGAUACAACAUGUCAUGGACACGUCGACAUGGAAAAUUCCAAAAAAAUGGCAGAGCCCAGACCUGUGUACACAAUAGAUCAUGCACUUUCUACCAUGGGAUUUGGGAAAUUCCAAUGUCUUGUGCUUGCUUAUGCUGGGCUCGGUUGGGUUGCAGAGGCGAUGGAAGUAAUGAUUCUCUCUUUCAUUGGACCAGCAGUUAAGUAUGAGUGGUCACUCUCAUCUAGCGAGGAGAGCCUGAUAACCACAGUCGUUUUUGGUGGCAUGCUAGUGGGAGCAUACUCAUGGGGCCUUGUAUCAGAUAACUUUGGAAGGAGGAAGGGUCUUCUCAGUAUAGCUAUUGUAACCACUGGAGCUGGGUUUCUAAGUUCUUUUUCACCAAACUAUACAUCUUUGAUCAUUCUCCGUUGUUUGGUUGGCUUUGGUCUGGGUGGCGGUCCUGUGUACUUGUCUUGGUUUCUGGAGUUUGUUCCUACUCCAAAAAGAGGAACUUGGAUGGUAAUCUUUUCAUCCUUCUGGACACUUGGAACAGUUCUAGAGGCUUCACUUGCAUGGAUUAUCAUGCCAAGAUUAAAUUGGAGGUGGCUACUUGCGCUAUCAUCUGUACCAUCUUUUAUGGCACUUCUCUUUUACUUUCCUACACUAGAGUCUCCCAGGUAUCUAUGUAUGAAAGGUAGAACAACUGAUGCACACGAAAUCUUGGAGAAAAUAGCAAGACUCAACCAGAAAAGUCUCCCUUCUGGCACGCUUGUGUCUGACCAAAGUAUUGAACUGGACGAAGAAUUUGCUCCAUCAGAAGAUACCCAUUUACUCUGCUCAAAAGAAAAUAAAACCAAGGUUUUAAUAGCAGGCUUUUCUUCAGUACUUACGCUCUUGUCAUCACAAUUAAUUAGAACCACACUUAGCCUGUGGCUGCUGUUCUUUGGAAAUGCAUUUUCCUAUUAUGGCAUUAUAUUGCUGACCUCUGAGCUGAGCAGUGAGCAAAGUAAAUGUCAGUCAAUUUCUUUGCAUUCAGAAAAUUUUCAAGAUGCUAGUCUCUACGUGGAUGUAUUUAUCACUAGUUUGGCAGAGCUCCCCGGACUUGUUUUAUCUGCAAUUAUUGUCGACAGAAUUGGUCGCAAGCUUUCCAUGGCAAUUAUGUUCAUGUUAGGUUGCAUUUUCCUUCUACCACUGGCUUUUCAUCAGAAGGAGGUUUUAACCACAGGUUUAUUAUUCGGGGCACGAAUGUGCCUCAUGGGAACCAUUACAGUUGCCAAUAUUUAUGCCCCAGAGAUAUAUCCAACCUCUAUAAGAGCAACUGGGUAUGGAGUAGCAAGUGCUGUGGGAAGAAUUGGUGGCAUGAUAUGCCCUCUUGUAGCUGUUGGAUUGGUGUCUGGUUGUCAUCAAACGGCUGCGAUUCUUCUAUUUGAGGCUGUAAUGGUUGUUUCAGGAUUGUCUGUUAUGCUUCUCCCACUUGAAACGAAGGGAAGGGGAUUGACUGAUGUUGUUACUGUUACUGUUAUUGCCUCUGAUUGAAGUGAAGAAAUUGUAGUUGAGAUUACUCACUUUUAUGCACUUCUUAGAACCCUUUUUUUUCUUUUUUCCUCUACAACUUGUUAAUAAAAAUAAAAUAUUUGAAAAAGAUGCUGCUGAGGCGUAUAAUGCUGUGUACUCACCAAAGAGGUUUUGAACUGUCUAUGAAAGUCUAAAGAUGAUUGAAUCACAUCAACUUAGAGUUCCCAUGUAAAAAAA